AACGCUCCUCAGCAUGCGGUGCGAGUGCGUGGUCGUCCUGUGCCUGGCCGUCGUGGUGCUGGUCCUGUGCGGCGAGGCGUUCGCCGCCCCGGGCCCGAGCUACUCCAAGGGCCAGACCAAGCCCCGCGCCAUCCGGGGCUUCAAGAAUGUCGUCCUGUCCACGGCCAGGAACUUCGGCAAGCGGGGGGGCUCAGACGCCCAGGGCGAGUACGUGGACGAGGCGGCUCUGCAGGCCAACGGCCAGGACUACCAGCGUCCUCCGAGCAGCUUCCCCGUGCAGUGGUUCGUCGAGGAGAUCCAGAACAACCCCGACCUGGCCAGGGGCGUGGUGCGCAAGUUCAUCGACGAGAACCAGGACGGCGAACUGUCGGCCGAGGAGCUCCUGCGGUCCGUGUACUGAGCGCGCAGCGCAGCCCGGCGCAGUCGGUGCAGUCGGUGCAGCCCUGCCCCAUUCCAACCAGACAUCUUUCCGUGUUGUUUUUGUUCCCUAACACCCCAGCGACAUUUGAAGAGGCCUGCCCCAGCAUGCGCCCAUUCCCCUUCCGAGUUUCAGUAGGCUGGAUUGUGGAGUAAAGCCCGCAUUUCGAACACCUCGAAAGUAGACGUAGGAAAAAUUCGCUACAUUUUGGAAGAGCGCAAAUUGUUUGGUAUUAAACUGGGUGGUUCAUAAAAGUUGCAAUUGAUUAUUCUACAGUACUGUGUUCAAUUUUCCACCGUAGAUUGACAUCUUUUUCGUGUCAUUGUCUUGAAUUGAUUUUGUUUCCUCCGUUUUGAACACCAUAAUGUUAUGUAGACUGAUAGGAUAUCAAACAGAGGGCACGCGUUGUAGGCGUGUUUGUUAAUUGUCUUAAAUAAUUUAAUGAUACUCUCCUUUUAUUUUUCGAUGAGUAAGGUGCCAUUGUGUUUUUCGAUAUUUUGGAUGGAUUAAUUUCAAAUUUGUAUCAUUCAAACGCCUUGAGGCUCUGAGGUUCUGAGGGGCUACGAGCGAAAUCUCGUAAAAUUGAUGUGAUUUGUAUUUCGCACAUUUUCUUAGCAUUUGGGAUGUCGAAUCUUGAAAA